UAGGCGUGGUUUCUGACGUAACGCGAGGGCCGGGUUGGAUGUCCAACUUCGGCUUCCUACCUUCGCUUUCUAGCUUCGCAUCUCUGAUUCAUCUAACUUGUUAGGCGGGCUGGGCUAGUUUGCAGAGGACAAGCGUCGGGUUUGGGCUAUCUGAAAAUCACAGGAUAGAGGUAAGGGACAUGUUUAGAUACCCUAACGUUGAUUAUAAAAGUGGUUGUGUUGUACUCGAAGGAGCUGUCAAGCAGGUCAGCCGGACAGGGCCAUUUCUCCUUUCAGAUUACAAGCUAGCUAGCUAACACGCUUUAGCUUUAGCAUGGUAGGAUGGAUGGCUAUUUUGAUUAGCUAGCUGCCAAAAUGAAGGAAGGUUUGUCUGCAAGCUAAGGCUAAGCUGGGUUACAUUUUAGCCAAAUAUAUAGAAUUAUGGUUUAAAAUAUUGGAUAUAUUUACAUCAAGUGUUCAUGGACUUGUAACCUUAACUACUUUGCCAGGGAUAACAACUGAUGUAGCGAUAACGCCUGUAUGCAGGUUAACUGUUAGAAUAUUUAGCUAGCCAAGUCAACCCAAGUUGUACUAUUUUGCUGGUUAGCCACGUAGCUAACUGUGAGUUCGUUUUUAGCCAACGAGCCAAAUGUAAACUCGUAGACUAGUGGUGAGGGGGUAGUGCAACUUAUCAUUUGCAGCAUUGACCUUGAAUAUUGAAUAGUCUCUGAAUACUGACGGCAGCUAGUUAGCGUGCUCUAGCUUUCCGCUGUGUUAGCUAGCUAAUGAUGCAGCUUAGCUAGUUAGCGAGUAUUAACUCUCCACAUAGCCAACGUUACACUACUAUAGUUUUCAUGUAGUAUAUAUGCCAGUACUGCCUGGUUACAACAUUUAGCAACGUCAAGUUUGAUCUAUUUAAUUCACCAACGUGAGAUUCACGAGUUUCAGCUUCGUGCGUAUGUGCUUGGUCAACACUAAAAUCUGCAAGCUGUAGCAUGGAAACGCAUGGUUGUUAGCCAGCAGGCUAAAGCGCACUCAAAAUGGACGUGGCCUUGUUUUAUCUGCCUGCUCUUAGUAACCUAGGUAGCCAGAUGUCUGAAUGGACCAGUUUAACAUUAGCUAACCAGUUGGUGGUAUCGAGUUUUGGCUAGCUCACACUAAUAUUGGCUUGGUUGUUACUUCAUCAUUAUUAAUCAGGUAGUAACAUUAUACCGCAUGUGUUGGUCCAUAGCAAGAUGACCGGCUUAUUUCCGAUAUUUUACGAGAAUGGUGUUUGCAACAUUAAAUGGCAUUCUGACCUCUGGAAAUGCAUUAAACAUGUUUGUGGUCUUGAAAAUGUGGAGGCUGGAAUUUGUACCUGAUUUAUGCACUCGCUCCAGACUCUCAAUAAUACAUAAUUUGGCUUGGCAUCAUUUGAUGGCCCAUAUCCAACACCCGUUCAGAGGCAUUUUCUGAUUUUCUACACGUCGAGCUAAACGUCAAGUGCUGUAUGGCAUCGCCAAGUAAUCCACGUCCUAAUUUUGAAUAUGUUGACCCUCGUUUACUGGGUUUGUCUACAUUUUGCACACGCAUUUCCCCGAAUUGGAUUUCUUAAACACGAAACUCUGUAUAUGAUCUUUUUGCUGUGCUUGACAGACCUACGGUAGGGGGAAAUGUAAAGGAAAUUAAUGGUGCAAAAUAUUAAGACUGCACUGAUUUUUGAAAGCAUGAUGUGAAGUUAUCUAGAGACGGAUCAAAUCCCAAACGCAUAGUUUCUGCUUUUGUGAGUUGAAAGAAAAGUUGUAUGUUUAACCCAAACAUGGAUAAAUGCUGUGGUUAUGCAGGCUCUCAGUUCAAUCAUUUGUUUUGAAUGAUUAGCAUUUGAGUAGGAUUUCAAAUCAUCCCAACAAACUGAUUUUGAAACUGGUGACAUUUAUCUGGAGCAAGCCAUUUUGGUCCUUCUCAAGAACUUAGCCAGUAGAUAAACUGGUUUACUCAAUAAGCAUUAGCUUUAAAUGGUAACAGACAAGACAAGACAAACAAGACCAUUGCAAAGCAUGUUUGGACAUUUGUAGGUCAUGGAGGAGAAUCAAGAAAAGCCCCAUGAUAUCACAAUACUAUAACUGCAAUGCAGUUAUGAAGAUAUUUUAUUUGCAUCCUACAGUCAACUGUGCAAGAAACCAUUCUUGGUUUGCGUAAUAGUUUAGCACACAUUUAGGAUUGUCGUGAACCCGUGAAUCAUUUAUAUUUGGCGUCUGAUGCAUUUUUCUUCUUACGAUUUGAUAUUGCAGUACUGUGUAUAAAUACUUUUUCCAACUCUUAGUUUCCUCUGAUCCAAACCCAAGCUCAACCUUCAGGAUGCCUGCUUUUAUUUUGUGAAUGCUUGUCCAUUCAGCUGACCAUCAUACAUUUCCCCUGUUGUGCCAAAUAUUUUCUUUUUGCUGUGUUCCUCUGAGAUGGUUUAUCCAUGCGGAUCUCUCUUCUUCUUCCUCCCUGUUGAUCCACCAGUGAUUUCAGGACCUGUGAAAAGAAACUUAACCUGCUAAAUGCUCAUUAGCUCAUAGGGGAGACCCAAUUAGAGUUGAGAGUGAAUCAGUGAAACCAGUAGCGAUGUCUCGCAGAAGAAGCCGCAGUGCUAGCCCCGUGCGCCAUACCACCAACAGCAAUGACCCGCGCGACCUGGAAAGGAGGAUUUUUGUGGGAAAUUUGCCGACAACACUAAUGGACACGAAGGAUUUGGAAGAAGUGUUCAGAUCAUAUGGGAAGAUAAAUGCCUUGUCCAUCUUCCGUGGAUAUGGAUUUGUGCAGUUUGAACGAGUGGAAGAGGCCGAGGCAGCAAAGGCGGGACAAAACGGUCGAUUUUAUAAAGGGUAUAAACUAGAUAUAAAUAUGGCAGCGGAACGACGACACAGUAAAGCUCAAUCCCGGCCGAGCCCUCCUCGAAGGCACCCGUACAGUGGGUAUGGGGAUGGCAGGGAUGGCCGCCCUCGGUCACGCUCCCCUAUGCACGGUCGUGAGUCACGAGAUCACCGAGAUGGCCGUGACCUGAGGGAUCCCCCCCGUGAGCCCUCACGAGAGCCACGCCCUGGACCCCCCCGUGAGCCCUCACGAGAGCCACGCCCCGGACCCCCCCGUGAUCACGGACCUCCACGCGACCAUGACCCCCGAGAUCCUGCCUAUGAGCGCUACCGGGGCCCUGAGGGCCGAGAAAAGGACCCUACUUUCAGGGAUGAUGCUUAUGAUCGCCACUACCGCGUGGAUGAGUACUACCGCAAGAAGGAACCAUACAGAGAGCCUUACAGAGAGCCAUGGAAUGGUGGCCGCCGGGAACCGGAAGAGGAUCGUAUACGAGAGAGUGAGUGCAGAAGAAACGAGCUCUACAGGCAGUACUACGAGGAGCUGCAGCGCCGCUAUGACACGGAGCGCCCUGUCGACUGCUCCGUCAUCGUGGUCAACAAGUCACAGAAAGAGUACGCCGAGACGGUGGGCAGGAAGGCGCGUGACCUGGGCAUGGUGGUGGACCUGAUCUUCCUGAACACAGAGGUGUCGCUGUCGCAGGCCCUGGAGGACGUGGGGCGCGCACACACCCCGUUCGCCAUCAUAAUUACCCAGCAGCACCAGGUGCACCGCUCCUGCACCGUCAACAUCCUGUUUGGCACGCCGCAAGAGCACCGGAACAUGCCCAUGCAAGACGCCAUGGUGCUGGUCGAGCAGAACUACCACGCCUACAAGGCGGAGCACCGCGACAAGGAGCGCGAGGAGAUCGCCGGCAAGGCCGCCAAGAUGGCCGACGAUGUGCUGUUGAGAGAGCUUGACCAAGAAUCACACCCAGUCUCCCUUCUGUCCACAGUCACACUACUGUCAGAGAACAGGUUCCUAACCCCCGAGGAGCUUGACCACCUUAUUGAGUACCUGCGGGACAAACGGGAGCGUCUGGUUCGAGGCAGUGCUGAUCCCCACACUGGUUCUCACGCUGUUCAUGCGGCUCCAGCGAUGCCCCAUGAAACCAUGCCCCCUGCCCAGCCCAUGCCCAUGCCCAUGUCUGCCGUGUCCCACCAGCCCUCGGGCCACCCGCCCCCCUCCAUCCCCUCAGCCAACCACCAGCAGGAGCUGCAGGCCAAGAUCCUGAGCCUGUUCAACAGCGGGGCGGGAAGCUCGGUGCCGCCCCCUGCCAGCUCUGCCGUGCCCCCGCAGCCCCAGGGCUAUGGCUCCUCGCUGGGCGCCCAGUCGGCCAGCCUGCCCCCCUCCCACGCUAGCGUGGGCAUGGCCAAGAUGAGCCCGUCCUCCACCCCGGGGAUGAUGGGGGCACGGCCCCCGCCCCGCCCGCAGGUAAGCGUGCCCCCCACCAGCUACGGCCUCCCCUCGGGCCGCAUGGCGGCCCCCCAGAGCGCCCCGCGCCCUUCGCUCUCCACGGGCACCGGCAUCAACUUCGACAACCCCAGCGUGCAGAAGGCCCUGGACACUCUCAUCCAGAGCGGCCCAUCCAUCAACCACCUGGUCAACUCUGGCAGUGCGCCCCCCGCUGCCCCACGCCCUGGCAUGGGCCCUGGAAUGGGCCCUGGCAUGGGCCCUGGCAUGGGCCCUGGCAUGGGGCCUGGCAUGGGCCAAGGCAUGGGCCAAGGCAUGGGCCAGGGUAUGGGUCAGGGUAUGCCAAUGUCCCACUACCCCCGCCAUUACUGACUGCCCCAACCCCCACCCCCGCCACAAUGGACCGGAGGGGUAGAUGGGGCUAGACUGUAACCAGUUGAAACGGCUUCUUUUUUUCUUUAUUUUUGCUGUUCCUGUGUCUGAAAUGGUUAGAUGGCUGAUGAACGCUCACAGGUAGCUGUUGACUCCGGUACCAGUCGAGGCCUCAGCGAGUCUGGAUCUGCUCCAAAGUUGGCUCUGAUCUAGAAAGCAGUGGUGUUCUGUGUGGGUUUAUUUUUUUCUUCCUUUUUUUUUUUUUUUUUUUUAGCUGUUCAUAAAUGCAUUUUAUUUUUAAGAAAUGCUCCUUUUCUAAGCCUGCACUGGCAUGUGGAAUUUUUUUUUAAUGAAAAAGCCGUUCUAGUGACUUCCCUGUUUUGGCCGUCAUUUUUGAGUCAUAGAAUUUUGGCAACUAGAUUGCAUUUACAGAUUGACUGUGCAUUAACUGUGAGCCCUUAAUUUAGGCAAUUCUGACCAGUAAUGUUGCUUUUAUACAUUCUUGUGACUUUGUAAAUAUUUGAAGAUCUGUGUCACUAAAAUAAAAAAAGUAAGCGUGUGAAGGAUAUCCUGUGGUUUCCUGUGAACGUUGUCAUAAUAAAGCUUUGUACACAGAAGCUGUAA